AGCCCCAAUUGAAAGCUAGAGAAAAUAAAGCAAAAGCGGUUAUGAUGAUAAACCAAGCUCAAUAAGCAGAAGUGGUCAUCAUCAUUGAACACGAUAAUGUAUUCCGUCGCCGUCCCCCACGGUGUUACGGUGCAUAAGGGAAACAAGACCUCCGAAUCAAAGAUAGAAUAUGAAGAACUGGUAUCGAUCGGUUCGUUCUUGAAAUCAAUGAGGUUGGCAGAUGAAAAGGAAGAAGAAGAAUACGGGAGCAGGAGCUAUACUCCCCUAUCGCUCUUCUACACCAAAGGUAAAUCUCGCAAAAAUUAUCUUCCACUAUCUUUCUUCACCACCAUUGUCCCCAUGGAUAUGGAUAAUUCUCCAGUAUUGUUCGGAUCUUACGAGGAAGCAUUGAUGUCCGAUGGAAGCAAGUCCUCCGUAUCUGAAUCAAAGAUGGGUCCGAUGGAGAAGGGAAACAAAUCUGAAUCAAAGAUGUUUCUGACGGAGAAUGGAAACAAGUCCGAAUCAAAGAUGGAUCCGAUGGAGAAUGGAAACAAGUCCGAAUCAAAGAUGAGUCUGACGGAUAAGGGAAACAAGUUCGAAUCAAAGAUGGGUCCGAUGGAGAAGGGAAACAAGUCCUCCCAAUCAAAGAUGUUUCUGACGGAGAAGGGUAACAAGUCCGAAUCAAAGAUGAGUCCGAUGGAGAAGGGAAACAAGUCCGAAUCAAAGAUGAGUCUGAUGGAUAAAGGAAAGUCCUCCCAAUCAAAGGUUAGCAGAAACAACUCUGAUCCGAUGGAUCAGGGAGAGUCCUCCCAAUCAAAGUUUAUCAGAAACUCUAUUCCCGACAAACUUGCUUUAUCUAUUCUUUCAAAAUUGCCCAUAAAAUCAUUGAAGCGCUUUGGAUGCAUACGCAAAUCAUGGUCCAUUUUAUUUGAAAACUCUGAUUUCAUGACCAUGUACACCAAUAGUUUCAUAUCUCAUCACGUUUCUGAUGACGAUUAUCAUACAUUUAUUCUCUCAAAUCAUCAUGCCACUGCUUACCAUCUCACAUCUGAUUAUCUUUACAACUCUGAAUUCCAUUUACUCAACAACACAGUCAAAUUCAAUUUGCCGCCUCCAUUUCAACAGUCUGGCUGUCAUAGGAGGAUUCUCAACUCCGCGAGUGUUAAAGGCAUUUUUUGUCUUCACCAAGAAUAUCCCAUUAAUCUCCAAUAUGUAUUGUGGAAUCCUGCUACCCAGGAAUUCCUGGUCAUUCCUCGUAGCCCCGCUGAUCUUUUACAAGACUCUCAAAACAACCUCCAUCUCAGCCACGCUUUUAAUGGGUUUGGUUAUGACCAACUUAGAGAUGACUUUAAGGUUAUUCAGUAUAUAACAUUUGAUUGUGAAUGCGAGAGCUAUCGUCCUCCGAUAAUAGAAAGUUAUUUCGAGAUAUAUAGUUUAAAAAGUAAUUCAUGGAGAACCAUCGACAUGAACAAAGAUCCCCCGUCUUCUAUUUGGUGUCGUUGUGGAUUGUUUGAUACUCGCGAAGUUUAUUUGGAUGGAGCAUGUCAUUGGGUGAUUUCCGACGGAGAGGACCUUGCUGAAAAAUCUCUCUUGUCAUUUGACCUCAGUGAUGAGGUGUUCCUUACAACACCCAUUGGGGUUCAACCUCCUUUGCCAUACAGUUAUGAUGAACGCUUGGCGGUGUUAAAUGGAUCAAUUGCUUUAAUAUCAAAUUAUCACGAUGAUAUUAUUUUUCACAUAUAUAUUCUGGGUGAACUUGGUGUGGGUGAAUCAUGGAUCAAACUAUAUAUUUAUGGUCCCUUUUCUUCCAUUACAUGGCCCCCCGUUGGAUUUGGGAAGUCGGGAUAUAUUUUCUUUCCAAAAAAUGAUUAUGAACUGGCCUAUGUUGAUUUGAGCACCCAAAAAAUUGAGGAGGUUGGUAUUACUGGUGCAGAGUCUAGUUAUUUUCAAGUCGGUCUUUACAAGGAAAGCCUUCUCUCGAUUGGAGGAUCAAUUAUGUAUAGGUUUCAUGCCUUAGUACUUGGGAUGCUGAUUUUAGCUGGUUUGAUGGUUUACCCAUAACCUUAUUUGGCAUUGAAAAACCGAGGCUCAAGGAAUCUCUUGCUGAUUAUUUUGCUGCUACACCUAUUGUGUCUAAAGAUGGAGCUGUUAUACUUGGAUCCAAACGGAGCACUGUAUUUGAAGUCGAUGCUAAAACUGGAAAGCUGCUUAGAAGUUAUGGUGCUGCUGAUUUUCAUACUGUUGUCGGUGCAAACAAUAAUGAGCUUGCUGAUCCAACAAAGCUCAAUUUACCGGAGUUCUUGCUUCAGAUGGUUAGGACCGAUUUUUUUUUACAAUCUGUGGGUCCUGGUUCAGGAAUAGUGUUGUGGACUAUGUCAGUAGCUGAAUUUGAGGUCGUGCUAUUUUGUAAAUAUAAUGAAAAUCCUACCUUUGAGGGAUCACUUGAUGCAGAAGGUGAGUAUGCUUCUGUUGUUGACAGUGGCUUGGAUUUUUUUAUGCCGUAUACUUGUCCUGACAGUAAACUCAGAGAAGUCUAUCGCCAGCGAAAGAAUUUUCUGUUUGAA